GUUUUGUCAUAUAGACUUACUGAAUUUCUAUACAAUUUGGUUUCUAUUGAAGCAAAGUACUUAUUUGAAAUAAUCAAACAAGAAAAAUUGUUUAAAUUUGUGUUUUCCACGCUUACAGGUUUUCGCCGACCUAACUGGAAUCGAGUCAAGGAUUCCAUUCAAGCUCUGUUUGUUUGCUCUCAGCCAACAGCCAGACAGCAAUAUAGCGAGAGCAACUUUGAGUGAUAAUAAAGUAAAUAUACCAGUGAAAUUUUGGAUCCAAGAGUCGAUAUGGAUAUGGAAAAGAAAGCUGAAGACUUGAAAGUGGUUUAUCACAGUCAACAUGUCAGGAUUUUGAAAGAGGAUGACGAAAUUUGGAUAUCGAGCGAAGAUUUGAAUACGGAAAAUAGUAGCGAUGACGUCGACAAAACGAAAACGAAAAACGCCUACAAGAAGAAAUUGAAGUUGAAAACCAGAAAACGAUCGACACCGAAUAUUAGGCUACAAAGACCGUCUAUUCCUUCAGUUUCCAGCACAUCAAAGGAUUUAGAUGAUAGACUCCUUAUGCCUUCUACCACAGACGACCUCAAUUCCAGGUCAACAGACGAUUCGAGAACUUCAGAUGAAGAAUACCAUCAUCCACCAGUUCCCUCAUCAGAAUGCUUAUCGAAACGUUUAAGCUUGGAAGAUUGGCGACCAAUGAAGGGUGCUUUAAGUGCUUCAACGUUGGAAGAUAAUGCUUCAUCUACUGGCGAAACAAUAAAAAUGGCUCGCGAUUCCCGAAACUUUUUCGAUGCGAUGUUCGACAAAUUGAAAUCGUUAAAACGUUGUCCGGUCUUGAAAUCCGGCGAAGAAAAACUCGACGUCGACGUUGACGAAAAGUCGUUCAAGUAUUUGAAAAAUACGCCCCAAGUUAGACAACAGUUGGAUUUUAUAAACGAGCUGAACAAAGAAAUCGAGGAAACACUCAGUCUUUAUAAAGCAGAAAGACAACAAAGAUUGAACACUGAAAUGGAAUUGUACAAAAACGUUUCGGGUACAAAGUUGUUAGAUGUAGAAAUGCCAUUUUUGGAAAUGUGCCAACGGGAUUUGGAAAAGUUUAAAAUGCCAUUUGAUGGCAAUGAAGAAACUAAGGAAUAUGAAUGCGAUUCUGAGGAAAUUGGUGCAGUUGAAAUACAUAAAGAUAUUGAAAAUGGUUUGUUCAAUGCAACAAACUUUAUCAAGAAAAAUAUCUGUGCUGCCAGAGACGGUACAAUGGCCAACUUCCCAUUAACAAACGAGGAAAAAAUAAAAAUUGACGAACUCCUCAAAGACAUUGACAAUUAUGAACUAGAUGAUGCAGAACUGUCCCUAUCAACUACUUCGAUUCCCGAAAACGACAUCGAGCAAGAAAUCGAUAAUGAUUUAAAUUGUUUCUCCUUACUGGAAGAAGAAAAAAAGCGAAUUUCUGAAAUUGAUAAUAAAUUGAAGAAAUUCACAUCAGAGGAUGAAGUUGAUCAGAAAAAUCUAUUGCCAGUUAAAGACGAAAGGUUUUGGAACCUCGACUUUGAACAACCCCUAAAAGACAUUGAUGCCAAAUUAGAAAAACUACAAGAUUCGGACACCAAAGUUGAUGACCAGUUUCGGAACGAUUGCGAAGCAUAUUUGAAGCAACUCAAGGAAGAAUUUCCAGAAAUAUAAUUUAGUUGUAUAAUAUAGACGAUUCUGUGUACCUAUUUCCGAUUUGGCCGAAGGGGAUGAAAUUAGCACAGAUGUACAAUGGGCCGUAUUUAAUAAUCCAUUGUCUCUCAAAAUCCUCUUAAUGAUCGCUCCCCCCCCCCCCCCCCUCACCCCUGAAAAAAGGGGGUUGAAGAGUCUGAAAUUACUGAAAUAAGUUCGAAAAAUUAUUUACGCCAAAGAGCUUUUGUGCCGCCGCAAAAAAAAAGAGGGAGGGAUAAUAUUUUGUGAAUUCGUUCAAACGUUAUUCACCGACGAUUUACUUUCAUAGCGACUUCAAAGGGGAGAGGGUUUUGUUUUGUGCCAGAGAUUUAAAAAGUUAAUUAAAACCAGUUUUUUUUUUUGCGUAAAGCAGAAAAGGACGAAAUGUUUUUUGGGAACAAACAAAUAUACAGGGUUUAAACUAAAUUGAGUCUCAAUUGCUCAAUAAGCAUUUGAGCUAUCAAACUCAAUUUAGUACAGAUUUAUAGAAAAUUUUAUGCUCUUUCUAAUAGGGAAUAAUUUAUUUUGAAUUGUUCAAAUUUUAUUGGAAAUAUUGGCAAUUUUUCUUAGCCUUGUUAUGAAUGGAAAAAAAUUGUAUCCAGAGUGGUUUCGAAAACUGUUCUCGAAAAGAUUUUUUGACGUGUUGGAGCAGACCUUAUAAUAUGUAGGCCCAAAAAUGAUUUAUAACUUUAUAUUACCCUUAGUCAACGCAACAAUGGACUCUUUUAAUAGACAGAUGUCAUCAAAUGACGUUGAAGUGAGGCAAAACUAGCUAAGCUCUUCUACUUAUUCAACUAUAUUGUUAGAAAUAUGCCAGGCAAACUUUUUCUGUUUUAUCCAUAAUUUUUUGAAUAAGAAAAUUGAAGAAUUUCUUCAUUCCUUAUUCAUUCGAUUUCGGUCUACUUUUAUCAAAAGCCUAUAUUUACCUUGUAAAAUAAAAUACACUCUCUCCUAUAAACUUGCCAGUUCCAGCAACAUAAUAUUUAGUAGGUAUUCUCUAUUGAAAUUUACGGCCCCACGAAAAAAAUAUCAAACUGAAAUCUACACAUAUAUAGGAG